CAGCAGCAGGAGGAACAGCAGCAGCAGGAGGAACAGCAGCAGCAGGAGGAACAGCAGCAGCAGGAGGAAACAGCAGCAGCAGGAGGAACAGCAGCAGCAGGAGGAACCGCAGCAGCAGGAGGAACAGCAGCAGCAGGAGGAACAGCAGCAGCAGGAGGAAACAGCAGCAGCAGCAGCAGGAGGGAACAGCAGCAGCAGGAGGAACAGCAGCAGCAUGAGACGGAGGAACAGCAGCAGCAGGAGGAACAGCAGCAGCAGGAGGAACAGCAGCAGCAGGAGGAACAGCAGCAGCAGGAGGAACAGCAGCAGCAGGAGGAACAGCAGCAGCAGGAGGAACAGCAGCAGCAGGAGGAACAGCAGCAGCAGCAGCAGGAGGAACAGCAGCAGCAGGAGGAACAGCAGCAGCAGGAGGAACAGCAGCAGCAGGAGGAACAGCAGCAGCAGGAGGAACAGCAGCAGCAGGAGGAACAGCAGCAGCAGGAGGAACAGCAGCAGCAGGAGGAACAGCAGCAGCAGGAGGAACAGCAGCAGCAGGAGGAACAGCAGCAGCAGCAGCAGGAGGAACAGCAGCAGCAGGAGGAACAGCAGCAGCAGGAGGAACAGCAGCAGCAGGAGGAACAGCAGCAGCAGGAGGAACAGCAGCAGCAGGAGGAACAGCAGCAGCAGGAGGAACAGCAGCAGCAGGAGGAACAGCAGCAGCAGGAGGAACAGCAGCAGCAGGAGGAACAGCAGCAGCAGCAGCAGGAGGAACAGCAGCAGCAGGAGGAACAGCAGCAGCAGGAGGAACAGCAGCAGCAGGAGGAACAGCAGCAGCAGGAGGAACAGCAGCAGCAGGAGGAACAGCAGCAGCAGCAGCAGGAGGAACAGCAGCAGCAGGAGGAACAGCAGCAGCAGGAGGAACAGCAGCAGCAGGAGGAACAGCAGCAGCAGGAGGAACAGCAGCAGCAGGAGGAACAGCAGCAGCAGGAGGAACAGCAGCAGCAGGAGGAACAGCAGCAGCAGGAGGAACAGCAGCAGCAGGAGGAACAGCAGCAGCAGGAGGAACAGCAGCAGCAGCAGCAGGAGGAACAGCAGCAGCAGGAGGAACAGCAGCAGCAGGAGGAACAGCAGCAGCAGGAGGAACAGCAGCAGCAGGAGGAACAGCAGCAGCAGGAGGAACAGCAGCAGCAGGAGGAACAGCAGCAGCAGGAGGAACAGCAGCAGCAGGAGGAACAGCAGCAGCAGGAGGAACAGCAGCAGCAGCAGCAGGAGGAACAGCAGCAGCAGGAGGAACAGCAGCAGCAGGAGGAACAGCAGCAGCAGGAGGAACAGCAGCAGCAGGAGGAACAGCAGCAGCAGGAGGAACAGCAGCAGCAGGAGGAACAGCAGCAGCAGGAGGAACAGCAGCAGCAGGAGGAACAGCAGCAGCAGGAGGAACAGCAGCAGCAGCAGCAGGAGGAACAGCAGCAGCAGGAGGAACAGCAGCAGCAGGAGGAACAGCAGCAGCAGGAGGAACAGCAGCAGCAGGAGGAACAGCAGCAGCAGGAGGAACAGCAGCAGCAGCAGCAGGAGGAACAGCAGCAGCAGCAGCAGGAGGAACAGCAGCAGCAGGAGGAACAGCAGCAGCAGGAGGAACAGCAGCAGCAGGAGGAACAGCAGCAGCAGGAGGAACAGCAGCAGCAGGAGGAACAGCAGCAGCAGGAGGAACAGCAGCAGCAGGAGGAACAGCAGCAGCAGGAGGAACAGCAGCAGCAGCAGCAGGAGGAACAGCAGCAGCAGCAGCAGGAGGAACAGCAGCAGCAGGAGGAACAGCAGCAGCAGGAGGAACAGCAGCAGCAGGAGGAACAGCAGCAGCAGGAGGAACAGCAGCAGCAGGAGGAACAGCAGCAGCAGGAGGAACAGCAGCAGCAGGAGGAACAGCAGCAGCAGGAGGAACAGCAGCAGCAGGAGGAACAGCAGCAGCAGGAGGAACAGCAGCAGCAGGAGGAACAGCAGCAGCAGGAGGAACAGCAGCAGCAGGAGGAACAGCAGCAGCAGGAGGAACAGCAGCAGCAGGAGGAACAGCAGCAGCAGGAGGAACAGCAGCAGCAGGAGGAACAGCAGCAGCAGGAGGAACAGCAGCAGCAGGAGGAACAGCAGCAGCAGGAGGAACAGCAGCAGCAGGAGGAACAGCAGCAGCAGGAGGAACAGCAGCAGCAGGAGGAACAGCAGCAGCAGGAGGAACAGCAGCAGCAGGAGGAACAGCAGCAGCAGGAGGAACAGCAGCAGCAGGAGGAACAGCAGCAGCAGGAGGAACAGCAGCAGCAGGAGGAACAGCAGCAGCAGGAGGAACAGCAGCAGCAGGAGGAACAGCAGCAGCAGGAGGAACAGCAGCAGCAGGAGGAACAGCAGCAGCAGGAGGAACAGCAGCAGCAGGAGGAACAGCAGCAGCAGGAGGAACAGCAGCAGCAGGAGGAACAGCAGCAGCAGGAGGAACAGCAGCAGCAGGAGGAACAGCAGCAGCAGGAGGAACAGCAGCAGCAGGCGGAACAGCAGCAGCAGGAGGAACAGCAGCAGCAGGAGGAACAGCAGCAGCAGGAGGAACAAGCAGCAGCAGGAGGAACAGCAGCAGCAGGAGGAACAGCCAGCAGGCAGGAGGAACAGCAGCAGCAGGAGGAACAGCAGCAGCAGGAGGAACAGCAGCAGCAGGAGGAACAGCAGCAGCAGGAGGAACAGCAGCAGCAGGAGGAACAGCAGCAGCAGGAGGAACAGCAGCAGCAGGAGGAACAGCAGCAGCAGGAGGAACAGCAGCAGCAGGAGGAACAGCAGCAGCAGGAGGAACAGCAGCAGCAGGAGGAACAGCAGCAGCAGGAGGAACAGCAGCAGCAGGAGGAACAGCAGCAGCAGGAGGAACAGCAGCAGCAGGAGGAACAGCAGCAGGAUGAACAGCAGCAGCAGGAGGAACAGCAGCAGCAGGAGGAACAGCAGCAGCAGGAGGAACAGCAGCAGCAGGAGGAACAGCAGCAGCAGGAGGAACAGCAGCAGCAGGAGGAACAGCAGCAGCAGGAGGAACAGCAGCAGCAGGAGGAACAGCAGCAGCAGGAGAACAGCAGCAGCAGGAGAACAGCAGCAGCAGGAGGAACGCAGCAGCAGCAAGCAGGAGGGAACAGCAGCAGCAGGAGGAACAGCAGCAGCAGGAGGAACAGCAGCAGCAGGAGGAAACAGCAGCAGCAGGAGGAACAGCAGCAGCAGGAGGAACAGCAGCAGCAGGAGGAACAGCAGCAGCAGGAGGAACAGCAGCAGCAGGAGGAACAGCAGCAGCAGGAGGAACAGCAGCAGCAGGAGGAACAGCAGCAGCAGGAGGAACAAGCAGCAGCAGGAGGAACAGCAGCAGCAGGAGGAACAGCAGCAGCAGGAGGAACAAGCAGCAGCAGGAGGAACAGCAGCAGCAGGAGGAACAGCAGCAGCAGGAGGAACAGCAGCAGCAGGCAGGAAACAGCAGCAGCAGGAGGAACAGCAGCAGCAGGAGGAACAGCAGCAGCAGGAGGAACAGCAGCAGCAGGAGGAACAGCAGCAGCAGGAGGAACAGCAGCAGCAGGAGGAACAGCAGCAGCAGGAGGAACAGCAGCAGCAGGAGGAACAGCAGCAGCAGGAGGAAAGCAGCAGCAGGAGGAACAGCAGCAGCAGGAGGAACAGCAUGCAGCAGGAGGAACACUCAGCAGCAGGAGGAGAACAGCAGCAGCAGGAGGAACAGCAGCAGCAGCAGGAGGAACAGCAGCAGCAGGAAGGAACAGCAGCAGCAGGAGGAACAGCAGCAGCGGAGGAACAGCAGCAGCAGGAGGAACAGCAGCAGCAGGAGGAACCAGCAGCAGCAGGAGGAACAGCAGCAGCAGGAGGAACAGGCAGCCAGCAGGAGGAACAGCACGGCAGCAGGAGGAACAGCAGCAGCAGGAGGAACAGCAGCAGCAGGAGGAACAGCAGCAGCAGGAGGAACAGCAGCAGCAGCAGCAGGAGGAACAGGCAGCAGCAGGAGGAACAGCAGCAGCAGGAGGAACAGCAGCAGCAGGAGGAACAGCAGCAGCAGGAGGAACAGCAGCAGCAGGAGGAACAGCAGCAGCAGGAGGAACAGCAGCAGCAGCAGCAGGAGGAACAGCAGCAGCAGGAGGAACAGCAGCAGCAGGAGGAACAGCAGCAGCAGGAGGAACAGCAGCAGCAGGAGGAACAGCAGCAGCAGGAGGAACAGCAGCAGCAGGAGGAACAGCAGCAGCAGGAGGAACAGCAGCAGCAGGAGGAACAGCAGCAGCAGGAGGAACAGCAGCAGCAGGGACAGCAGAGAGGAACAGCAGCAGCAGGAGGAACAGCAGCAGCAGGAGGAACAGCAGCAGCAGGAGGAACAGCAGCAGCAGGAGGAAACAGCAGCAGCAGGAGGAACAGCAGCAGCAGGAGGAACAGCAGCAGCAGGAGGAACAGCAGCAGCAGAGGAACAGCAGCAGCAGGAGGAACAGCAGCAGCAGGAGGAACAGCAGCAGCAGGAGGAACAGCAGCAGCAGCAGGAGGAACAGCAGCAGCAGGAGGAACAGCAGCAGCAGGAGGAACAGCAGCAGCAGGAGGAACAGCAGCAGCAGGAGGAACAGCAGCAGCAGGAGGAACAGCAGCAGCAGGAGGAACAGCAGCAGCAGGAGGAACAGCAGCAGCAGGAGGAACAGCAGCAGCAGGAGGAACAGCAGCAGCAGGAGGACACAGCAGCAGCAGCAGCAGGAGGAACAGCAGCAGCAGGAGGAACAGCAGCAGCAGGAGGAACAGCAGCAGCAGCAGGAGGAACAGCAGCAGCAGGAGGAACAGCAGCAGCAGGAACAGCAGGCAGGGAACAGCAGCAGCAGGAGGAACAGCAGCAGCAGGAGGAACAGCAGCAGCAGGAGGAACAGCAGCAGCAGGAGGAACAGCAGCAGCAGGAGGAACAGCAGCAGCAGGAGGAACAGCAGCAGCAGGAGGAACAGCAGCAGCAGGAGGAACAGCAGCAGCAGGAGGAACAGCAGCAGCAGGAGGAACAGCAGCAGCAGGAGGAACAGCAGCAGCAGGAGGAACAGCAGCAGCAGGAGGAACAGCAGCAGCAGGAGGAACAGCAGCAGCAGGAGGAACAGCAGCAGCAGGAGAAACAGCAGCAGCAGGAGGAACAGCAGCAGCAGGAGGAACAGCAGCAGCAGGAGGAACAGCAGCAGCAGGAGGAACAGCAGCAGCAGGAGGAACAGCAGCAGCAGCAGCAGGAGGAACAGCAGCAGCAGGAGGAACAGCAGCAGCAGGAGGAACAGCAGCAGCAGGAGGAACAGCAGCAGCAGGAGGAACAGCAGCAGCAGCAGGAGGAACAGCAGCAGCAGGAGGAACAGCAGCAGCAGGAGGAACAGCAGCAGCAGGAGGAACAGCAGCAGCAGGAGGAACAGCAGCAGCAGGAGGAACAGCAGCAGCAGGAGGAACAGCAGCAGCAGGAGGAACAGCAGCAGCAGGAGGAACAGCAGCAGCAGGAGGAACAGCAGCAGCAGGAGGAACAGCAGCAGCAGGAGGAACAGCAGCAGCAGGAGGAACAGCAGCAGCAGGAGGAACAGCAGCAGCAGGAAGGAACAGCAGCAGCAGGAGGAACAGCAGCAGCAGGAGGAACAGCAGCAGCAGGAGGAACAGCAGCAGCAGGAGGAACAGCAGCAGCAGGAGGAACAGCAGCAGCAGGAGGAACAGCAGCAGCAGGAGGAACAGCAGCAGCAGGAGGAACAGCAGCAGCAGGAGGAACAGCAGCAGCAGCAGGAGGAACAGCAGCAGCAGGAGGAAACAGCAGCAGCAGGAGGAACAGCAGCAGCAGGAGGAACAGCAGCAGCAGGAGGAACAGCAGCAGCAGGAGGAACAGCAGCAGCAGGAGGAACAGCAGCAGCAGGAGGAACAGCAGCAGCAGGAGGAACAGCAGCAGCAGGAGGAACAGCAGCAGCAGGAGGAACAGCAGCAGCAGCAGGGAGGAACAGCAGCAGCAGGAGGAACAGCAGCAGCAGGAGGAACAGCAGCAGCAGGAGAAGCAGCAGCAGGAGGAACAGCAGCGCAGGAGGAACAGCAGCAGCAGGCAGGAACAGCAGCAGGCAGGAGAACAGCAGCAGCAGGAGGAACAGCAGCAGCAGGAGGAACAGCAGCAGCAGGAGGAACAGCAGCAGCAGGAGGAACAGCAGCAGCAGGAGGAACAGCAGCAGCAGGAGGAACAGCAGCAGCAGGAGGAACAGCAGCAGCAGGAGGAACAGCAGCAGCAGGAGGCACAGCAGCAGAGAGGAACAGCAGCAGCAGGAGGAACAGCAGCAGCAGGAGGAACAGCAGCAGCAGGAGGAACAGCAGCAGCAGGAGGAACAGCAGCAGCAGGAGGAACAGCAGCAGCAGGAGGAACAGCAGCAGCAGGAGGAACAGCAGCAGCAGGAGGAACAGCAGCAGCAGGAGGAACAGCAGCAGCAGGAGGAACAGCAGCAGCAGGAGGAACAGCAGCAGCAGGAGGAACAGCAGCAGCAGGAGGAACAGCAGCAGCAGGAGGAACAGCAGCAGCAGGAGGAAGAACAGCAGCAGCAGGAGGAACAGCAGCAGCAGGAGGAACAGCAGCAGCAGGAGGAACAGCAGCAGCAGGAGGAACAGCAGCAGCAGGAGGAACAGCAGACAGCCGGAGGAACAGCAGCAGCAGGAGGAACAGCAGCAGCAGGAGGAACAGCAGCAGCAGGAGGAACAGCAGCAGCAGGAGGAACAGCAGCAGCAGGAGGAACAGCAGCAGCAGGAGGAACAGCAGCAGCAGGAGGAACAGCAGCAGCAGGAGGAACAGCAGCAGCAGGAGGAACAGCAGCAGCAGGAGGAACAGCAGCAGCAGGAGGAACAGCAGCAGCAGGAGGACAGCAGCAGCAGAGGACAGCAGCAGCAGGAGAACAGCAGCAGCAGGAGGAACAGCAGCAGCAGGAGGAACAGCAGCAGCAGGAGGAACAGCAGCAGCAGGAGGAACAGCAGCAGCAGGAGGAACAGCAGCAGCAGGAUGAACAGCAGCAGCAGGAGGAACAGCAGCAGCAGGAGGAACAGCAGCAGCAGGAGGAACAGCAGCAGCAGGAGGAACAGCAGCAGCAGGAGGAACAUCAGCGCAGGAGGCAGCAGCAGCAGGAGGAACAGCAGCAGCAGGAGGAACAGCCAGCAGCAGGAGGAACAGCAGCAGCAGGCAGGAACAGCAGCAGCAGGAGGAACAGCAGCAGCAGGAGGAACAGCAGCAGCAGGAGGAACAGCAGCAGCAGGAGGAACAGCAGCAGCAGGAGGAACAGCAGCAGCAGAGGAACAGCAGCAGCAGGAGGAACAGCAGCAGCAGGAGGAAACAGCAGCAGCAGGAGGAACAGCAGCAGCAGGAGGAACAGCAGCAGCAGCAGGAGGAACAGCAGCAGCAGGAGGAACAGCAGCAGCAGGAGGAACAGCAGCAGCAGGAGGACAGCAGGAGGAACAGCAGCAGCAGGAGGAACAGCAGCAGCAGGAGGAACAGCAGCAGCAGGAGGAACAGCAGCAGCAGGAGGAACAGCAGCAGCAGGAGGAACAGCAGCAGCAGGAGGAACAGCAGCAGCAGGAGGAACAGCAGCAGCAGGAGGAACAGCAGCAGCAGGAGGAACAGCAGCAGCAGGAGGAACAGCAGCAGCAGGAGGAACAGCAGCAGCAGGAGGAACAGCAGCAGCAGGAGGAACAGCAGCAGCAGGAGGAAACAGCAGCAGCAGGAGGAACAGCAGCAGCAGGAGGAACAGCAGCAGCAGGAGAACAGCAGCAGCAGGAGGAACAGCAGCAGCAGGAGGAACAGCAGCAGCAGGAGGAACAGCAGCAGCAGGAGGAACAGCAGCAGCAGGAGGGAACAGCAGCAGCAGGAGGAACAGCAGCAGCAGGAGGAACAGCAGCAGCAGGAGGAACAGCAGCAGCAGGAGGAACAGCAGCAGCAGGAGGAACAGCAGCAGCAGGAGGAACAGCAGCAGCAGGAGGAACAGCCAGCGGCAGGGAACAGCAGCAGCAGGAGGAACAGCAGCAGCAGGAGGAACAGCAGCAGCAGGAGGAACAGCAGCAGCAGGAGGAACAGCAGCAGCAGGAGGAACAGCAGCAGCAGGAGGAACAGCAGCAGCAGGAGGAACAGCAGCAGCAGGAGGAACAGCCAGCAGCAGGAGGAACAGCAGCAGCAGGAGGAACAGCAGCAGCAGGAGGAACAGCAGCAGCAGGAGGAACAGCAGCAGCAGGAGGAACAGCAGCAGCAGGAGGAACAGCAGCAGCAGGAGGAACAGCAGCAGCAGGAGGAACAGCAGCAGCAGGAGGAACAGCAGCAGCAGGAGGAACAGCAGCAGCAGGAGGAACAGCAGCAGCAGGAGGAACAGCAGCAGCAGGAGGAACAGCAGCAGCAGGAGGAACAGCAGCAGCAGGAGGAACAGCAGCAGCAGGAGGAACAGCAGCAGCAGGAGGAACAGCAGCAGCAGGAGGAACAGCAGCAGCAGGAGGAACAGCAGCAGCAGGAGGAACAGCAGCAGCAGGAGGAAAGCAGCAGCAGCAGCAGGAGGAACAGCAGCAGCAGGAGGAACAGCAGCAGCAGGAGGAACAGCAGCAGCAGGAGGAACAGCAGCAGCAGGAGGAACAGCAGCAGCAGGAGGAACAGCAGCAGCAGGAGGAACAGCAGCAGCAGGAGGAACAGCAGCAGCAGGAGGAACAGCAGCAGCAGGAGGAACAGCAGCAGCAGGAGGAACAGCAGCAGCAGGAGGAACAGCAGCAGCAGGAGGAACAGCAGCAGCAGGAGGAACAGCAGCAGCAGGAGGAACAGCAGCAGUAGGAGGACAGCAGCAGCAGGAGGAACAGCAGCAGCAGGAGGAACAGCAGCAGCAGGAGGAACAGCAGCAGCAGGAGGAACAGGCAGCAGGGACAGCAGCAGCAGAGGAACAGCAGCAGCAGGAGGAACAGCAGCAGCAGGAGGAACAGCAGCAGCAGGAGGAACAGCAGCAGCAGGAGGAAAGCAGCAGCAGGAGGAACAGCAGCAGCAGGAGGAACAGCAGCAGCAGGAGGAACAGCAGCAGCAGGAGGAACAGCAGCAGCAGGAGGACAGCAGCAGCAGGAGGAACAGCAGCAGCAGGAGGAACAGCAGCAGCAGGAGGAACAGCAGCAGCAGGAGGAACAGCAGCAGCAGGAGGAACAGCCAGCAGCAGGAGGAACAGCAGCAGCAGGAGGAACAGCAGCAGCAGGAGGAACAGCCGCAGCAGGAGGAACAGCGAGCAGCAGGAGGAACAGCAGCAGCAGGAGGAACAGCAGCAGCAGGAGGAACAGCAGCAGCAGGAGGAACAGCAGCAGCAGGAGGAACAGCAGCAGCAGGAGGAACAGCAGCAGCAGGAGGACAGCAGCAGCAGGAGGAACAGCAGCAGCAGGAGGAACAGCAGCAGCAGGAGGAACAGCAGCAGCAGGAGGAACAGCAGCAGCAGGAGGAACAGCAGCAGCAGGAGGAACAGCAGCAGCAGGAGGAACAGCAGCAGCAGGAGGAACAGCAGCAGCAGGAAGGAACAGCAGCAGCAGGAGGAACAGCAGCAGCAGGAGGAACAGCAGCAGCAGGAGGAAACAGCAGCAGCAGGAGGAACAGCAGCAGCAGGAGGAACAGCAGCAGCAGGAGGAAACAGCAGCAGACAGCAGCGCAGGAGAACAGCAGCAGCAGGAGGAACAGCAGCAGCAGGAGGAACAGCAGCAGCAGGAGGAACAGCAGCAGCAGGAGGAACAGCAGCAGCAGGAGGAACAGCAGCAGCAGGAGGAACAGCAGCAGCAGGAGGAACAGCAGCAGCAGGAGAAACAGCAGCAGCAGGAGGAACAGCAGCAGCAGGAGGAACAGCAGCAGCAGGAGGAACAGCAGCAGCAGGAGGAACAGCAGCAGCAGGAGGAACAGCAGCAGCAGGAGGAACAGCAGCAGCAGGAGGAACAGCAGCAGCAGGAGGAACAGCAGCAGCAGGAGAACAGCAGCAGCAGGAGGAACAGCAGCAGCAGGAGGAACAGCAGCAGCAGGAGGAACAGCAGCAGCAGGAGGAACAGCAGCAGCAGGAGGAACAGCAGCAGCAGGAAGAACAGCAGCAGCAGGAGGACCAGCAGCAGCAGGAGGAACAGCAGCAGCAGGAGGAACAGCAGCAGCAGGAGGAACAGCAGCAGCAGGAGGAACAGCAAGCAGCAGGAGGAACAGCAAGCAGCAGGAGGAACAGCAGCAGCAGGAGGAACAGCAGCAGCAGGAGGAACAGCAGCAGCAGGAGGAACAGCAGAGCAGCAGGAGGAACAGCAGCAGCAGGAGGAACAGCAGCAGCAGGAGGAACAGCAGCAGCAGGAGGAACAGCAGCAGCAGGGAGGAAACAGCAGCAGCAGCAGCAGCAGCAGCAGGAGGAACAGCAGCAGCAGGAGGAACAGCAGCAGCAGGAGGAACAGCAGCAGCAGGAGGAACAGCAGCAGCAGGAGGAACAGCAGCAGCAGGAGGAACAGCAGCAGCAGGAGGAACAGCAGCAGCAGGAGGAACAGCAGCAGCAGGAGGAACAGCAGCAGCAGGAGGAACAGCAGCAGCAGGAGGAACAGCAGCAGCAGGAGGAACAGCAGCAGCAGGAGGAACAGCAGCAGCAGGAGGAACAGCAGCAGCAGGAGGAACAGCAGCAGCAGGAGGAACAGCAGCAGCAGGAGGAACAGCAGCAGCAGGAGGAACAGCAGCAGCAGGAGGAACAGCAGCAGCAGGAGGAACAGCAGCAGCAGGAGGAACAGCAGCAGCAGGAGGAACAGCAGCAGCAGGAGGAACAGCAGCAGCAGGAGGAACAGCAGCAGCAGGAGGAACAGCAGCAGCAGGAGGAACAGCAGCAGCAGCAGGAGGAACAGCAGCAGCAGGAGGAACAGCAGCAGCAGGAGGAACAGCAGCAGCAGGAGGAACAGCAGCAGCAGGAGGAACAGCAGCAGCAGGAGGAACAGCAGCAGCAGGAGGAAACAGCAGCAGCAGGAGGAACAGCAGCAGCAGGAGGAACAGCAGCAGCAGGAGGAACAGCAGCAGCAGCAGGAGGAACAGCAGCAGCAGGAGGAACAGCAGCAGCAGGAGGAACAGCAGCAGCAGGAGGAACAGCAGCAGCAGGAGGAACAGCAGCAGCAGGAGGAACAGCAGCAGCAGGAGGAACAGCAGCAGCAGGAGGAACAGCAGCAGCAGGAGGAACAGCAGCAGCAGGAGGAACAGCAGCAGCAGGAGGAACAGCAGCAGCAGGAGGAACAGCAGCAGCAGGAGGAACAGCAGCAGCAGGAGGAACAGCAGCAGCAGGAGGAACAGCAGCAGCAGGAGGAACAGCAGCAGCAGGAGGAACAGCAGCAGCAGGAGGAACAGCAGCAGCAGGAGGAACAGCAGCAGCAGGAGGAACAGCAGCAGCAGGAGGAACAGCAGCAGCAGGAGGAACAGCAGCAGCAGGAGGAACAGCAGCAGCAGGAGGAACAGCAGCAGAACAGCAGCAGCAGGAGGAACAGCAGCAGCAGGAGGAACAGCAGCAGCAGGAGGAACAGCAGCAGCAGGAGGAACAGCAGCAGCAGGAGGAACAGCAGCAGCAGGAGGAACAGCAGCAGCAGGAGGAACAGCAGCAGCAGCAGGAGGAACAGCAGCAGCAGCAGGAGGAACAGCAGCAGCAGGAGGAACAGCAGCAGCAGGAGGAACAGCAGCAGCAGGAGGAACAGCAGCAGCAGGAGGAACAGCAGCAGCAGGAGGAACAGCAGCAGCAGGAGGAACAGCAGCAGCAGGAGGAACAGCAGCAGCAGGAGGAACAGCAGCAGCAGGAGGAACAGCAGCAGCAGGAGGAACAGCAGCAGCAGGAGGAACAGCAGCAGCAGGAGGAACAGCAGCAGCAGGAGGAACAGCAGCAGCAGGAGGAACAGCAGCAGCAGGAGGAACAGCAGCAGCAGGAGGAACAGCAGCAGCAGGAGGAACAGCAGCAGCAGGAGGAACAGCAGCAGCAGGAGGAACAGCAGGAGGAACAGCAGCAGCAGGAGGAACAGCAGCAGCAGGAGGAACAGCAGCAGCAGGAGGAACAGCAGCAGCAGGAGGAACAGCAGCAGCAGGAGGAACAGCAGCAGCAGGAGGAACAGCAGCAGCAGGAGGAACAGCAGCAGCAGGAGGAACAGCAGCAGCAGGAGGAACAGCAGCAGCAGGAGGAACAGCAGCAGCAGGAGGAACAGCAGCAGCAGGAGGAACAGCAGCAGCAGGAGGAACAGCAGCAGCAGGAGGAACAGCAGCAGCAGGAGGAACAGCAGCAGCAGCAGGAGGAAACAGCAGCAGCAGGAGGAACAGCAGCAGCAGGAGGAACAGCAGCAGCAGGAGGAACAGCAGCAGCAGGAGGAACAGCAGCAGCAGGAGGAACAGCAGCAGCAGGAGGAACAGCAGCAGCAGGAGGAACAGCAGCAGCAGGAGGAACAGCAGCAGCAGGAGGAACAGCAGCAGCAGGAGGAACAGCAGCAGCAGCAGCAGGAGGAACAGCAGCAGCAGGAGGAACAGCAGCAGCAGGAGGAACAGCAGCAGCAGGAGGAACAGCAGCAGCAGGAGGAACAGCAGCAGCAGGAGGAACAGCAGCAGCAGGAGGAACAGCAGCAGCAGGAGGAACAGCAGCAGCAGGAGGAACAGCAGCAGCAGGAGGAACAGCAGCAGCAGGAGGAACAGCAGCAGCAGGAGGAACAGCAGCAGCAGGAGGAACAGCAGCAGCAGGAGGAACAGCAGCAGCAGGAGGAACAGCAGCAGCAGGAGGAACAGCAGCAGCAGGAGGAACAGCAGCAGCAGGAGGAACAGCAGCAGCAGGAGGAACAGCAGCAGCAGGAGGAACAGCAGCAGCAGGAGGAACAGCAGCAGCAGGAGGAACAGCAGCAGCAGGAGGAACAGCAGCAGCAGGAGGAACAGCAGCAGCAGGAGGAACAGCAGCAGCAGGAGGAACAGCAGCAGCAGGAGGAACAGCAGCAGCAGGAGGAACAGCAGCAGCAGGAGGAACAGCAGCAGCAGGAGGAACAGCAGCAGCAGGAGGAACAGCAGCAGCAGGAGGAACAGCAGCAGCAGGAGGAACAGCAGCAGCAGGAGGAACAGCAGCAGCAGGAGGAACAGCAGCAGCAGGAGGAACAGCAGCAGCAGGAGGAACAGCAGCAGCAGGAGGAACAGCAGCAGCAGGAGGAACAGCAGCAGCAGGAGGAACAGCAGCAGCAGGAGGAACAGCAGCAGCAGGAGGAACAGCAGCAGCAGGAGGAACAGCAGCAGCAGGAGGAACAGCAGCAGCAGGAGGAACAGCAGCAGCAGGAGGAACAGCAGCAGCAGGAGGAACAGCAGCAGCAGGAGGAACAGCAGCAGCAGGAGGAACAGCAGCAGCAGGAGGAACAGCAGCAGCAGGAGGAACAGCAGCAGCAGGAGGAACAGCAGCAGCAGGAGGAACAGCAGCAGCAGGAGGAACAGCAGCAGCAGGAGGAACAGCAGCAGCAGGAGGAACAGCAGCAGCAGGAGGAACAGCAGCAGCAGGAGGAACAGCAGCAGCAGGAGGAACAGCAGCAGCAGGAGGAACAGCAGCAGCAGGAGGAACAGCAGCAGCAGGAGGAACAGCAGCAGCAGGAGGAACAGCAGCAGCAGGAGGAACAGCAGCAGCAGGAGGAACAGCAGCAGCAGGAGGAACAGCAGCAGCAGGAGGAACAGCAGCAGCAGGAGGAACAGCAGCAGCAGGAGGAACAGCAGCAGCAGGAGGAACAGCAGCAGCAGGAGGAACAGCAGCAGCAGGAGGAACAGCAGCAGCAGGAGGAACAGCAGCAGCAGGAGGAACAGCAGCAGCAGGAGGAACAGCAGCAGCAGGAGGACAGCAGCAGCAGGAGGAACAGCAGCAGCAGGAGGAACAGCAGCAGCAGGAGGAACAGCAGCAGCAGGAGGAACAGCAGCAGCAGGAGGAACAGCAGCAGCAGGAGGAACAGCAGCAGCAGGAGGAACAGCAGCAGCAGGAGGAACAGCAGCAGCAGGAGGAACAGCAGCAGCAGGAGGAACAGCAGCAGCAGGAGGAACAGCAGCAGCAGGAGGAACAGCAGCAGCAGGAGGAACAGCAGCAGCAGCAGCAGGAGGAACAGCAGCAGCAGGAGGAACAGCAGCAGCAGGAGGAACAGCAGCAGCAGGAGGAACAGCAGCAGCAGGAGGAACAGCAGCAGCAGGAGGAACAGCAGCAGCAGGAGGAACAGCAGCAGCAGGAGGAACAGCAGCAGCAGGAGGAACAGCAGCAGCAGGAGGAACAGCAGCAGCAGGAGGAACAGCAGCAGCAGGAGGAACAGCAGCAGCAGGAGGAACAGCAGCAGCAGGAGGAACAGCAGCAGCAGGAGGAACAGCAGCAGCAGGAGGAACAGCAGCAGCAGGAGGAACAGCAGCAGCAGGAGGAACAGCAGCAGCAGAGGAACAGCAGCAGCAGGAGGAACAGCAGCAGCAGGAGGAACAGCAGCAGCAGGAGGAACAGCAGCAGCAGGAGGAACAGCAGCAGCAGGAGGAACAGCAGCAGCAGGAGGAACAGCAGCAGCAGGAGGAACAGCAGCAGCAGGAGGAACAGCAGCAGCAGGAGGAACAGCAGCAGCAGGAGGAACAGCAGCAGCAGGAGGAACAGCAGCAGCAGGAGGAACAGCAGCAGCAGGAGGAACAGCAGCAGCAGGAGGAACAGCAGCAGCAGGAGGAACAGCAGCAGCAGGAGGAACAGCAGCAGCAGGAGGAACAGCAGCAGCAGGAGGAACAGCAGCAGCAGGAGGAAACAGCAGCAGCAGGAGGAACAGCAGCAGCAGGAGGAACAGCAGCAGCAGGAGGAACAGCAGCAGCAGGAGGAACAGCAGCAGCAGGAGGAACAGCAGCAGCAGGAGGAACAGCAGCAGCAGGAGGAACAGCAGCAGCAGGAGGAACAGCAGCAGCAGGAGGAACAGCAGCAGCAGGAGGAACAGCAGCAGCAGGAGGAACAGCAGCAGCAGGAGGAACAGCAGCAGCAGGAGGAACAGCAGCAGCAGGAGGAACAGCAGCAGCAGGAGGAACAGCAGCAGCAGGAGGAACAGCAGCAGCAGGAGGAACAGCAGCAGCAGGAGGAACAGCAGCAGCAGGAGGAACAGCAGCAGCAGGAGGAACAGCAGCAGCAGCAGGAGGAACAGCAGCAGCAGGAGGAACAGCAGCAGCAGGAGGAACAGCAGCAGCAGGAGGAACAGCAGCAGCAGGAGGAACAGCAGCAGCAGGAGGAACAGCAGCAGCAGGAGGAACAGCAGCAGCAGGAGGAACAGCAGCAGCAGGAGGAACAGCAGCAGCAGGAGGAACAGCAGCAGCAGGAGGAACAGCAGCAGCAGGAGGAACAGCAGCAGCAGGAGGAACAGCAGCAGCAGGAGGAACAGCAGCAGCAGGAGGAACAGCAGCAGCAGGAGGAACAGCAGCAGCAGGAGGAACAGCAGCAGCAGGAGGAACAGCAGCAGCAGGAGGAACAGCAGCAGCAGGAGGAACAGCAGCAGCAGGAGGAACAGCAGCAGCAGGAGGAACAGCAGCAGCAGGAGGAACAGCAGCAGCAGAGCAGGCAGGAACAGCAGCAGCAGGAGGAACAGCAGCAGCAGGAGGAACAGCAGCAGCAGGAGGAACAGCAGCAGCAGGAGGAACAGCAGCAGCAGGAGGAACAGCAGCAGCAGGAGGAACAGCAGCAGCAGGAGGAACAGCAGCAGCAGGAGGAACAGCAGCAGCAGGAGGAACAGCAGCAGCAGGAGGAACAGCAGCAGCAGGAGGAACAGCAGCAGCAGGAGGAACAGCAGCAGCAGGAGGAACAGCAGCAGCAGGAGGAACAGCAGCAGCAGGAGGAACAGCAGCAGCAGGAGGAACAGCAGCAGCAGGAGGAACAGCAGCAGCAGGAGGAACAGCAGCAGCAGGAGGAACAGCAGCAGCAGGAGGAACAGCAGCAGCAGGAGGAACAGCAGCAGCAGGAGGAACAGCAGCAGCAGGAGGAACAGCAGCAGCAGGAGGAACAGCAGCAGCAGGAGGAACAGCAGCAGCAGGAGGAACAGCAGCAGCAGGAGGAACAGCAGCAGCAGGAGGAACAGCAGCAGCAGGAGGAACAGCAGCAGCAGGAGGAACAGCAGCAGCAGGAGGAACAGCAGCAGCAGGAGGAACAGCAGCAGCAGGAGGAACAGCAGCAGCAGGAGGAACAGCAGCAGCAGGAGGAACAGCAGCAGCAGGAGGAACAGCAGCAGCAGGAGGAACAGCAGCAGCAGGAGGAACAGCAGCAGCAGGAGGAACAGCAGCAGCAGGAGGAACAGCAGCAGCAGGAGGAACAGCAGCAGCAGGAGGAACAGCAGCAGCAGGAGGAACAGCAGCAGCAGGAGGAACAGCAGCAGCAGGAGGAACAGCAGCAGCAGGAGGAACAGCAGCAGCAGGAGGAACAGCAGCAGCAGGAGGAACAGCAGCAGCAGGAGGAACAGCAGCAGCAGGAGGAACAGCAGCAGCAGGAGGAACAGCAGCAGCAGGAGGAACAGCAGCAGCAGGAGGAACAGCAGCAGCAGGAGGAACAGCAGCAGCAGGAGGAACAGCAGCAGCAGGAGGAACAGCAGCAGCAGGAGGAACAGCAGCAGCAGGAGGAACAGCAGCAGCAGGAGGAACAGCAGCAGCAGGAGGAACAGCAGCAGCAGGAGGAACAGCAGCAGCAGGAGGAACAGCAGCAGCAGGAGGAACAGCAGCAGCAGGAGGAACAGCAGCAGCAGGAGGAACAGCAGCAGCAGGAGGAACAGCAGCAGCAGGAGGAACAGCAGCAGCAGGAGGAACAGCAGCAGCAGGAGGAACAGCAGCAGCAGGAGGAACAGCAGCAGCAGGAGGAACAGCAGCAGCAGGAGGAACAGCAGCAGCAGGAGGAACAGCAGCAGCAGGAGGAACAGCAGCAGCAGGAGGAACAGCAGCAGCAGGAGGAACAGCAGCAGCAGGAGGAACAGCAGCAGCAGGAGGAACAGCAGCAGCAGGAGGAACAGCAGCAGCAGGAGGAACAGCAGCAGCAGGAGGAACAGCAGCAGCAGGAGGAACAGCAGCAGCAGGAGGAACAGCAGCAGCAGGAGGAACAGCAGCAGCAGGAGGAACAGCAGCAGCAGGAGGAACAGCAGCAGCAGGAGGAACAGCAGCAGCAGGAGGAACAGCAGCAGCAGGAGGAACAGCAGCAGCAGGAGGAACAGCAGCAGCAGGAGGAACAGCAGCAGCAGGAGGAACAGCAGCAGCAGGAGGAACAGCAGCAGCAGGAGGAACAGCAGCAGCAGCAGGAGGAACAGCAGCAGCAGGAGGAACAGCAGCAGCAGGAGGAACAGCAGCAGCAGGAGGAACAGCAGCAGCAGGAGGAACAGCAGCAGCAGGAGGAACAGCAGCAGCAGGAGGAACAGCAGCAGCAGGAGGAACAGCAGCAGCAGGAGGAACAGCAGCAGCAGGAGGAACAGCAGCAGCAGGAGGAACAGCAGCAGCAGGAGGAACAGCAGCAGCAGGAGGAACAGCAGCAGCAGGAGGAACAGCAGCAGCAGGAGGAACAGCAGCAGCAGGAGGAACAGCAGCAGCAGGAGGAACAGCAGCAGCAGGAGGAACAGCAGCAGCAGGAGGAACAGCAGCAGCAGGAGGAACAGCAGCAGCAGGAGGAACAGCAGCAGCAGGAGGAACAGCAGCAGCAGGAGGAACAGCAGCAGCAGGAGGAACAGCAGCAGCAGGAGGAACAGCAGCAGCAGGAGGAACAGCAGCAGCAGGAGGAACAGCAGCAGCAGGAGGAACAGCAGCAGCAGGAGGAACAGCAGCAGCAGGAGGAACAGCAGCAGCAGGAGGAACAGCAGCAGCAGGAGGAACAGCAGCAGCAGGAGGAACAGCAGCAGCAGGAGGAACAGCAGCAGCAGGAGGAACAGCAGCAGCAGGAGGAACAGCAGCAGCAGGAGGAACAGCAGCAGCAGGAGGAACAGCAGCAGCAGGAGGAACAGCAGCAGCAGGAGGAACAGCAGCAGCAGGAGGAACAGCAGCAGCAGGAGGAACAGCAGCAGCAGGAGGAACAGCAGCAGCAGGAGGAACAGCAGCAGCAGGAGGAACAGCAGCAGCAGGAGGAACAGCAGCAGCAGGAGGAACAGCAGCAGCAGGAGGAACAGCAGCAGCAGGAGGAACAGCAGCAGCAGGAGGAACAGCAGCAGCAGGAGGAACAGCAGCAGCAGGAGGAACAGCAGCAGCAGGAGGAACAGCAGCAGCAGGAGGAACAGCAGCAGCAGGAGGAACAGCAGCAGCAGGAGGAACAGCAGCAGCAGGAGGAACAGCAGCAGCAGGAGGAACAGCAGCAGCAGGAGGAACAGCAGCAGCAGGAGGAACAGCAGCAGCAGCAGCAGGAGGAACAGCAGCAGCAGGAGGAACAGCAGCAGCAGGAGGAACAGCAGCAGCAGGAGGAACAGCAGCAGCAGGAGGAACAGCAGCAGCAGGAGGAACAGCAGCAGCAGGAGGAACAGCAGCAGCAGGAGGAACAGCAGCAGCAGGAGGAACAGCAGCAGCAGGAGGAACAGCAGCAGCAGGAGGAACAGCAGCAGCAGGAGGAACAGCAGCAGCAGGAGGAACAGCAGCAGCAGGAGGAACAGCAGCAGCAGGAGGAACAGCAGCAGCAGGAGGAACAGCAGCAGCAGGAGGAACAGCAGCAGCAGGAGGAACAGCAGCAGCAGGAGGAACAGCAGCAGCAGGAGGAACAGCAGCAGCAGCAGCAGGAGGAACAGCAGCAGCAGGAGGAACAGCAGCAGCAGGAGGAACAGCAGCAGCAGGAGGAACAGCAGCAGCAGGAGGAACAGCAGCAGCAGGAGGAACAGCAGCAGCAGGAGGAACAGCAGCAGCAGGAGGAACAGCAGCAGCAGGAGGAACAGCAGCAGCAGGAGGAACAGCAGCAGCAGGAGGAACAGCAGCAGCAGCAGCAGGAGGAACAGCAGCAGCAGGAGGAACAGCAGCAGCAGGAGGAACAGCAGCAGCAGGAGGAACAGCCAGCAGCAGGAGGAACAGCAGCAGCAGGAGGAACAGCAGCAGCAGGAGGAACAGCAGCAGCAGGAGGAACAGCAGCAGCAGGAGGAACAGCAGCAGCAGGAGGAACAGCAGCAGCAGGAGGAACAGCAGCAGCAGGAGGAACAGCAGCAGCAGGAGGAACAGCAGCAGCAGGAGGAACAGCAGCAGCAGGAGGAACAGCAGCAGCAGGAGGAACAGCAGCAGCAGGAGGAACAGCAGCAGCAGGAGGAACAGCAGCAGCAGGAGGAACAGCAGCAGCAGGAGGAACAGCAGCAGCAGGAGGAACAGCAGCAGCAGGAGGAACAGCAGCAGCAGGAGGAACAGCAGCAGCAGGAGGAACAGCAGCAGCAGGAGGAACAGCAGCAGCAGGAGGAACAGCAGCAGCAGGAGGAACAGCAGCAGCAGGAGGAACAGCAGCAGCAGGAGGAACAGCAGCAGCAGGAGGAACAGCAGCAGCAGGAGGAACAGCAGGAGGAACAGCAGCAGCAGGAGGAACAGCAGCAGCAGGAGGAACAGCAGCAGCAGGAGGAACAGCAGCAGCAGGAGGAACAGCAGCAGCAGGAGGAACAGCAGCAGCAGGAGGAACAGCAGCAGCAGGAGGAACAGCAGCAGCAGGAGGAACAGCAGCAGCAGGAGGAACAGCAGCAGCAGGAGGAACAGCAGCAGCAGGAGGAACAGCAGCAGCAGGAGGAACAGCAGCAGCAGGAGGAACAGCAGCAGCAGGAGGAACAGCAGCAGCAGGAGGAACAGCAGCAGCAGGAGGAACAGCAGCAGCAGGAGGAACAGCAGCAGCAGGAGGAACAGCAGCAGCAGGAGGAACAGCAGCAGCAGGAGGAACAGCAGCAGCAGGAGGAACAGCAGCAGCAGGAGGAACAGCAGCAGCAGGAGGAACAGCAGCAGCAGGAGGAACAGCAGCAGCAGGAGGAACAGCAGCAGCAGGAGGAACAGCAGCAGCAGGAGGAACAGCAGCAGCAGGAGGAACAGCAGCAGCAGGAGGAACAGCAGCAGCAGGAGGAACAGCAGCAGCAGGAGGAACAGCAGCAGCAGGAGGAACAGCAGCAGCAGGAGGAACAGCAGCAGCAGGAGGAACAGCAGCAGCAGGAGGAACAGCAGCAGCAGGAGGAACAGCAGCAGCAGGAGGAACAGCAGCAGCAGGAGGAACAGCAGCAGCAGGAGGAACAGCAGCAGCAGGAGGAACAGCAGCAGCAGGAGGAACAGCAGCAGCAGGAGGAACAGCAGCAGCAGGAGGAACAGCAGCAGCAGGAGGAACAGCAGCAGCAGGAGGAACAGCAGCAGCAGGAGGAACAGCAGCAGCAGGAGGAACAGCAGCAGCAGGAGGAACAGCAGCAGCAGGAGGAACAGCAGCAGCAGGAGGAACAGCAGCAGCAGGAGGAACAGCAGCAGCAGGAGGAACAGCAGCAGCAGGAGGAACAGCAGCAGCAGGAGGAACAGCAGCAGCAGGAGGAACAGCAGCAGCAGGAGGAACAGCAGCAGCAGGAGGAACAGCAGCAGCAGGAGGAACAGCAGCAGCAGGAGGAACAGCAGCAGCAGGAGGAACAGCAGCAGCAGGAGGAACAGCAGCAGCAGGAGGAACAGCAGCAGCAGGAGGAACAGCAGCAGCAGGAGGAACAGCAGCAGCAGGAGGAACAGCAGCAGCAGGAGGAACAGCAGCAGCAGGAGGAACAGCAGCAGCAGGAGGAACAGCAGCAGCAGGAGGAACAGCAGCAGCAGGAGGAACAGCAGCAGCAGGAGGAACAGCAGCAGCAGGAGGAACAGCAGCAGCAGGAGGAACAGCAGCAGCAGGAGGAACAGCAGCAGCAGGAGGAACAGCAGCAGCAGGAGGAACAGCAGCAGCAGGAGGAACAGCAGCAGCAGGAGGAACAGCAGCAGCAGGAGGAACAGCAGCAGCAGGAGGAACAGCAGCAGCAGGAGGAACAGCAGCAGCAGGAGGAACAGCAGCAGCAGGAGGAACAGCAGCAGCAGGAGGAACAGCAGCAGCAGGAGGAACAGCAGCAGCAGGAGGAACAGCAGCAGCAGGAGGAACAGCAGCAGCAGGAGGAACAGCAGCAGCAGGAGGAACAGCAGCAGCAGGAGGAACAGCAGCAGCAGGAGGAACAGCAGCAGCAGGAGGAACAGCAGCAGCAGGAGGAACAGCAGCAGCAGGAGGAACAGCAGCAGCAGGAGGAACAGCAGCAGCAGGAGGAACAGCAGCAGCAGGAGGAACAGCAGCAGCAGGAGGAACAGCAGCAGCAGGAGGAACAGCAGCAGCAGGAGGAACAGCAGCAGCAGGAGGAACAGCAGCAGCAGGAGGAACAGCAGCAGCAGGAGGAACAGCAGCAGCAGGAGGAACAGCAGCAGCAGGAGGAACAGCAGCAGCAGGAGGAACAGCAGCAGCAGGAGGAACAGCAGCAGCAGGAGGAACAGCAGCAGCAGGAGGAACAGCAGCAGCAGGAGGAACAGCAGCAGCAGGAGGAACAGCAGCAGCAGGAGGAACAGCAGCAGCAGGAGGAACAGCAGCAGCAGGAGGAACAGCAGCAGCAGGGAGGAGGAACAGCAGCAGCAGCAGCAGGAGGAACAGCAGCAGCAGGAGGAGGAGGAACAGCAGCAGCAGGAGGAGGAGGAACAGCAGCAGCAGCAGCAGGAGGAACAGCAGCAGCAGGAGAGGAGGAACAGCACAGCAGCAGCAGGAGGAACAGCAGCAGCAGGAGGAACAGCAGCAGCAGGAGGAACAGCAGCAGCAGGAGGAACAGCAGCAGCAGGAGGAACAGCAGCAGCAGGAGGAACAGCAGCAGCAGGAGGAACAGCAGCAGCAGCAGCAGGAGGAACAGCAGCAGCAGGAGGAGGAGGAACAGCAGCAGCAGCAGCAGGAGGAACAGCAGCAGCAGGAGGAGGAGGAACAGCAGCAGCAGCAGCAGGAGGAACAGCAGCAGCAGGAGGAGGAGGAACAGCAGCAGCAGGAGGAGGAGGAACAGCAGCAGCAGCAGCAGGAGGAACAGCAGCAGCAGGAGGAGGAGGAACAGCAGCAGCAGGAGGAGGAGGAACAGCAGCAGCAGCAGCAGGAGGAACAGCAGCAGCAGCAGCAGGAGGAACAGCAGCAGCAGGAGGAGGAGGAACAGCAGCAGCAGCAGCAGGAGGAACAGCAGCAGCAGGAGGAGGAGGAACAGCAGCAGCAGGAGGAGGAGGAACAGCAGCAGCAGCAGCAGGAGGAACAGCAGCAGCAGGAGGAGGAGGAACAGCAGCAGCAGGAGGAGGAGGAACAGCAGCAGCAGCAGCAGGAGGAACAGCAGCAGCAGGAGGAGGAGGAACAGCAGCAGCAGGAGGAGGAGGAACAGCAGCAGCAGGAGGAGGAACAGCAGCAGCAGGAGGAGGAACAGCAGCAGCAGGAGGAGGAGGAACAGCAGCAGCAGGAGGAGGAACAGCAGCAGCAGGAGGAGGAGGAACAGCAGCAGCAGGAGGAGGAACAACAGCAGCAGGAGGAGGAUGAACAGCAGCAGCAGGAGGAGGAACAGCAG